AUGGUUCUUCAAGAUCUCGGCCGCCGCAUCAAUGCGGCGGUCACCAACCUAACUAGGGACCAGAAUCUUGAUGAGAAGGCCUUCGACAACAUGCUGAAAGAGAUUUGCGCUGCCCUGCUCGAAGCCGACGUCAAUGUGAAGCUUGUCAUGCAGCUCCGAAAAUCUAUCAAAAGCACAGUCAACUUCAAAGACCUCCCGCCCGCUGUCAACAAGAAACGCCUGAUCCAAAAAGCCGUCUUCGACGAACUCGUCCAAUUAGUCGACCCGCAUGCCGAGCCGUUCAAGCCGAAAAAGGGCAAGCCAAAUGUCAUUAUGUUUGUUGGUCUUCAGGGUGCUGGUAAAACAACGACGUGUACCAAGCUUGCGCGACACUAUCAAACGAGAGGGUUCCGGGCGUGCCUGGUGUGCGCGGAUACCUUCCGAGCUGGUGCGUUUGACCAGCUGAAGCAGAAUGCUACAAAGGCCAAGAUUCCGUACUAUGGCUCCCUCACGGAAACGGAUCCCGCGGCCGUGGCUCGCGCGGGAGUGGACCAGUUCAAGAAGGAGAAGUUUGAUGUGAUUAUUGUUGAUACCUCGGGUAGACAUCGUCAGGAGUCGGCCCUGUUCCAAGAGAUGAUUGACAUCCAGACGGCGAUUCGCCCGGACGAAACCAUCAUGGUGCUCGACGCUUCGAUCGGUCAGCAGGCAGAGUCGCAGGCCAAGGCGUUCAAGGAGGCGGCCGAUUUCGGAGCCAUCAUCAUCACCAAGACGGACGGCCAUGCCCACGGCGGUGGUGCCAUUUCAGCCGUGGCGGCAACACACACCCCCAUCGUGUUCAUCGGCACCGGUGAACACAUGCUGGAUCUGGAGCGCUUCGCCCCGCAGCAGUUCGUGCAGAAGCUGCUGGGCAUGGGCGACAUGGCCGGUCUAGUAGAGCACGUCCAGUCGCUAAACCUCAACCAAAAGGACACAAUCAAGCACAUACAGGAAGGCAUCUUCACGGUCCGCGAUCUCCGUGACCAGCUGUCCAAUAUUAUGAAGAUGGGACCCUUGUCCAAAAUGGCUGGCAUGAUCCCUGGCAUGAGCAAUAUGAUGCAGGGGAUGGACGACGAAGAGGGCAGCGCCAAGCUCAAGCGCAUGAUUUACAUUUGCGACUCCAUGACAGACAAGGAACUCGACUCGGAUGGCAAGAUUCUCAUUGAGCAGCCCACACGAAUGACCAGAAUAGCUCGCGGCUCAGGAACGUCGGUACGCGAGGUGGAAGAUCUUCUUACGCAGCAGCGCAUGAUGGCCGGCAUGGCCAAGAAGAUGGGCGGCAACAUGAGGAACAUGCAGCGCGCGCAGCAAGCCAUGGGCGGCGGCAACAAAGCCCAGCAGAUGGCUGCAAUGCAGAAGCGACUCCAGAGCAUGGGCGGCGCUGGCGGCGCAGGCGGUAUGCCUGACAUGGGAUCACUGAUGAAGAUGCUAGGUGGAGGAGGCGGCAUGCCCGGCGGGAUGGAUAUGCAGGCGAUGAUGAGACAGAUGGGGAUGGGAGGUGGGAUGCCUGGGAUGCCUGGGAUGCCCGGCGGCAGUGGCCGUGGAAGAAGGUGA